AUGGAACCCUUGAAAGGAGGUGGAGGAGGAGGAAGAGUUGGGGUGGGGGAGGACCACGACAUGGCUGACGGAAUGCAAUGCACCGACCACCCUUUCCGAAACAACCCAGGUGGUAUCUGCGCCUUCUGCCUUCAAGAGAAGCUUGGCAAGCUUGUUUCCUCUUCUUUUCCUCUCCCUAUCCACGCACCUUCCUCCUCUUCCUCUUCCCCUUCUUUCAGAUCCGACCUCGCACCCUCUUCCUCCACCACACGCCCUUCCCUCCCCCCUACCGCCACCUCUGCCCCAGCCCCUUCCUCCUCCUCCUCCUCCCUCCCCCGCAACCAUUCCCAUUACCACCAUUACUACGCCCGCAGAAGCCGCCUCCCUUUUCUCCUCUCCAAGAAGAAGAAGAAGAAACCCUCACCCAAUGCAUCCUCCGACAUCGUUCUCAAGCGCAGCAAGUCCACCGCCACGCCCCGGAGAAACCACUCCUUGGUCGACGCUGACGACGACGACGACGCUGUCAUUGAGGAUUUUAGUCCCAGGAAGAGAUACGGCUUUUGGUCCUUUCUCUAUCUCUCUUCCAAAUCAUCCAAGAAACUCAACUCCAAGAGCUUCAGAGACGGCAACGCUGGCAACACGCCCAGGAUCUCAACCAUUAACUCCGCAGCGGGAACUAGCUCUGUCAAGCUCAAGGAAAAACCUUGCUCUGCUUCUUCUCUCAAGACUGACAUUGUUGUCGAACAACACAGCAAUAACAACACUAACAGCCCCAAUAGUCACACCACUGCUUCUGCUUCUUCUUUGGAGCGCAAGGUCUCGAGAUCCAGAUCUGUUGGGUGUGGUAGCAGAAGCUUCUCUGGGGACUUCUUCGAGAGGAUUUCUACUGGGUUCGGAGAUUGCACUCUCCGGAGGGUGGAAUCUCAGCGUGAAGGUAAGCCUAAGGCGGCGGGUGGUGGGGCUUCCGCCGUGAGCCGUGGCGGCGAUCACCACCACCACCAUUGCAUGAAGGAGAGAGUGCGGUGUGGAGGGUUGUUUAGUGGGUUCAUGUUGACUUCGUCUUCUUCAUCGUCUUCGUCGUCAUCUUAUUGGGUUUCUUCUUCUGCCGAUGAUGGUGCGAAUGGGAAAUCGGCGAGUGUGGCCCUGUCUCAUAACAGGGGUAGAAGUUGGGGUUGGGCUUUUGCGAGUCCCAUGAGAGCUUUCAGCGGCAAACCCUCUUCUAAAGAGAGUAAUAGAAGAGAUAUUAUUAGAGAUGCCAAUGACAAUAAGAAUUCUACGCCAAACUUGUCUGCUAUACCUUCCUUGCUUGCUGUCAGAAGCUGA